AUGGUAGGGACUAAGAAUGAAGGAGGGGGCCACCAUGCCUCAUUUGUGUGUGAGAGGUGUGCAUGCCUUUUUUUUCCCAAAAGCCAGAAGGCUUGGCUGUUCCAUUACGUCACCACCAAAUUUGUUUACUCUUUUUAGUGCCUUGUGGAAACCCUUUAAGAUUCGUCAUUCAUCUAAGCUGCUACUUCCUCUCUGCCUUCACCGUUUCAUACUUUCCUCUCUGCAAUCUUUACUCUAACAUAUUAUGCAAACCUUCCUCAUACAUACAUAGAAAGAGACCCUUUUGCCCACUGAAAACAAAGCUGUUCACUUUGUGUUGGUUGCCUUCAGUCUCUUUCAGCUUCAGGUUGAGCUGCCACUGCCCAACCAUUUCCUUUCACCUCUUCCAUUUUUUCCGCCACCUUUUCUCCCUCUCCGUCACUCACAAACCUUUCCCACCAAUUCAGCCUAACCGACACUCAGAUCUUGUUCGUCAUAUAUAUCUUGUAUUGUUUGCCAGAAACCGAACAGAAGCAUGUAUAUCUUUAGGGUUUUAUUUUUCUGUGUUACUGUUUUCCUUCUUCUUUGACCUACUUUUCCAGAAACAAAAGAGAACUCUUCCCGGCGUUGAUCUUCAGACGUUGCCGCUUUCUGUUCUUCUUCUUGUACGCCUUUUUCCUCGGGAUCCGAUCCCACAAGUAAAAAACACAGGUUGUUUGUUUCUUGUGAGAGAACAAAAAGCUAACAGAAAAAGUCGACGGGUUCUGUUCCCGAGGACUUGUGUUUGUUACUGUUUCAACCUUUUUCAGUGCUUUUAUUGCGUUGAAAAUCUUUGUCUGAUUUAGGAGCAUUUUCCCUAUAUAUUCUGGAGUUAAAGUUGAGACAUAUCACCACAGCACCACUUUCAUCUCGGUGCACAAAACACCAACUCAUUUUGGAGGAAGAUUUGUGACAGAACCACACUCAGAUCUGUGAAGACUAGCUUGAUCUGAAUCAACAGAAGAGAACAUGGAUAGUUUCACUCAUGUUCCCCCCGGUUUUAGGUUUCAUCCAACGGAUGAAGAGCUUGUUGAUUACUACCUUAGGAAGAAAGUGGCUUCAAGGAGGAUUGAUCUGGAUGUCAUAAAAGAUGUUGACCUCUACAAAAUUGAGCCAUGGGAUCUUCAAGAGAUUUGCAGAAUAGGAACGGAAGAGCAAAACGAAUGGUACUUCUUUAGCCACAAAGACAAGAAGUAUCCAACUGGAACUCGCACAAAUAGAGCAACUGCAGCUGGGUUUUGGAAAGCGACAGGAAGAGACAAGGCAAUCUAUUCCAAACAUGAACUGAUAGGCAUGAGGAAAACCUUAGUCUUUUAUAAAGGUCGAGCACCAAAUGGACAAAAGUCAGAUUGGAUAAUGCAUGAAUAUCGGCUUGAAACAGAAGAAAAUGGCACUCCACAGGAAGAAGGUUGGGUUGUGUGUAGAGUAUUCAAGAAGAGAGUAACAACAAUGCGUAAAGUGAAUGAGCACGAGUCUCCCAGUUGGUAUGAUGAGCAAGUAUCUUUCAUUCAAGACAUGGACUCACCGAAGCAGACCUCUCAAUCUAAUCUGGUCUACCAGCUUCCCUAUCAUUGCAAGAAAGAGCUAGAUGUGCCCUACCAGAUGCCUCGUGACCACUUCCUUCCACUUCUGGAGAGCCCAAAUCCCAUGGCACCAUAUCUUCUAGAUCAUGUGAACCACUCCACCACUCUGCUUCCCUCGUUACUCAUACAAGAAGAACAUGUUAUAGGUCAGCAAAUAAACCUUCAGACAACCUACGGCAAAAGCAACCGCAAUGAUCAAGUAACUGAUUGGCGAGUGCUUGACAAGUUCGUUGCUUCACAACUCAGUCAAGAUGGAUCCAAAGACAAUGCCUACUCAAACACCACAGCCAGUAUCUUUCACGGCAAUGACAGUGGCAAUUGCAAUGUACAGUUCAGACAUUUCGACAAACAUGAGAUGGUGGUGCCUCCAGAAAAUGCCUCAACAUCAAACUCCAGCUGCCCAAUUGCAUUAUGGAAAUAGCGACUGCAUCAUAAAUUGGUUUUGGGUACAUACUAAUUAUAGGUACUUAGCUAAAAACAUCUCUUGCAAGUACUGUUUAAGUGCCUGUACAUAAUAAACGCAUAAUGAGCAAAACUUUAACUAUUGUGGAGCUUCUCGCUCCACUGCAGCUAUCUAGCUUCUAGCAUAUAUUCAACUGAAAAGAAAGAAAAUGAAUGGGACGUGAAAUACUUAGUAUAAAAAGCCAUAUCUAUAUUUCUCUGAAGAUGGAAAGGUUUGAAAGGGUACGCAUGCAUGAUGAGCUCUGCCAUGUAAACCGAGGUCCCACGGCCACAUUCGCUGUUUUCAUUGGAGUGACAGGGUGGUCCACACAUAUAUUAUAUAUAUGUCUAUGUUACAAUUAAAACAAAAUAGUUA